GCAUUCCCACUCGUCAUCGUUGCGUGGGUAAUGGCUGUGGCAUCGUGCUUGUCCCGUGACUGCUCACUUGUUGAGCUUGGCAAAACCACGGCGCUGCUAUGUCGUAGUCUCUGUUCCAGCAGCAGAUGGCCGAGACACAUUCGUGUAGGAAAACACUCCUAAGGAAUUAGAGCCUGACUGGCACGUACUGAUUGCAAUGACCUAGGUUUGUCUGCCUAGUUGCCCAUCGACCAUGGAGGACUAACUGUAGGGUAGGCUCAGCGACCGUAGUGUAGGAGUGGCUGUUCUCGUUUACCAUCCGAGCUGGUUGAAGGUUGGUAGUGACAGGCAGGAGGAGGCCUCACGAGGUUAGCGGGAGCAGCAGUUUCAACUCGUCCCCUUUCAAUCCCUUACCCGAUUGACAUCCUUCACACCUCCCAAUUAUCCGAGUCCUUGAUAUUUUUUUCUCGCCACAUAGAAGAGGCACGCCAUGGCUCGCCGUUCAGGAACAGCGUACGGACGGUUGAUGAACAAACUUAGGAGCCCGGCACAGAUCAUUCUUACCUUCCUCAUUGGCUUCGCGAUCCCCUUCCUCUUCUACGUGUUUCUCGAUUCCACCUUCGAUGUCGACAUCGCGCCCUAUUGCUAUGUGUUCGUUGUCUUCAUGCUCGUGUCCACGGCGUUAGUGGUCUGGGUCGAGUGCUUCCUCGCCAUCUUCAUCAAGAACGACCCCCCCGAACAACCCGCGACGCCCUAUCCCCCUGCUUCCGCCAUCAUCGCCGCGUACUUGCCCAAUGAAAAGGACACCAUUCUUGAGACCAUCGAAGCCUUUUUAAACAUCGAGUAUCCCGCGCCACUACAGGUUAUCCUAGCUUACAACACGCCUAAGGACAUGCCUGAGAUGGAAACCAUCCUCGCCGAGAUGGGGCAGCAAAGACCCGACCGCUUCCUGCCCUACCGCGUUGUCCACUCGCGCUCCAAGGCCGAGAACGUGAACGCGGCCGUGAAGCUCGUCCGUGGCGAGUUCGUGGGCGUGUUCGACGCUGACCAUUGUCCGUCGCACGACUCGUUCAUGCGCGCGUGGAAGUGGCUCAGCAACGGCUACGACAUCGUGCAGGGCCACUGCAUCGUGCGCAAUGGCGAGGACAACCUCGUCGCUAAGCUCGUCGCCGUCGAGUUUGAAACCAUCUACGGCAUCGGCCAUCCCGGCUCGGCCGCCGUUCACAACUUCGGCUUCUUCGGCGGCUCCAACGGCUUCUGGAAAUCGGGUCUGCUGGCCCAAAUCGGCAUGGACGCCGCCAUGCUUACGGAAGACAUCGACUCCUCCAUCCGCGUGCUCCUAGCCGGUGGCAAGAUCAAGUCCGACCCCGGUCUCGUCUCGUCCGAACUCGCCACCACAACGCUGCGCCAAAUAUGGAACCAACGGCUGCGAUGGGCUCAGGGAUGGUUCCAAGUGUCGCUGCGGCACUUCACGGCCGUGAUGACGUCGCGAAACCUGUCGCUGUGGCAGAAAGUCGGCAUGUUCCACCUGUUCGUGUGGCGUGAGGUGUACCCGUGGGUAUCGCUGCAGAUCCUCCCGCUGCUCGCGUUCCUCGCGUACAAGAUGGACGGGUUCGGGUCGAUCAACUGGCUCGACUCGUUCUAUCUGGCCACGACGCUGUUUACCUUCUCGUGCGGGCCGGCGCAAGUGGUGGCGGCGUACUUCGUGUCGGCGAAGAGCAUUCGGAAGCGGACGCUGUGGUGGUGGAUGUACAUCGUCUUCUCCAUGAUGUUCUACACGGAGUUCAAGAAUGUGAUUGCGCGAGUAGCGCAUAUCAAAGAGUUCAUGAGGGAAAAGGCCUGGAUGGUCACGCCACGGCUACUGUCGCGGCGGAGGCGGACGAGCGGUAAAAGCGGCAAGAAAGGAGUUGUGGUGGUUGUAAGAUGAGACCUUUGGCUUCAUGAUGCUCUGGUUUCCUCCAUCCAGCCUUGCUUGGGCUGGAAGGAUGGAGUCUGAGCGGGUUUUGGGGUACGGGGGGCCAUGCGCCCAUUUGUACUUGAUAAGGGUUAGACACAGUUCCCUGCCACCGUGGGCAGUUGUAUUUCCAUCCUACGCUCUUUAACCCUCAUCCUCCAGCAGCACAUCUCAUCCCAUGUUUCUCUAUCGGACCUCUCCGCCACUUGGAGCGAAGCACACACAAGUGCUGGGCGAGUCUCACGAUGCUGCAGAUUGAGCCAAGAUGUAUCUGGAUUUAAUUCAAUUGAUAUUUUUUAUUGCCCCUAUAGUUUGGCUGGUUCGAGUAAACAACUUUGCCUCAU